AUGUCUGAAGAACCAAAAACCGAAACUAAAAGUGUCCCUCUAUGGCUGCAAAGCCGUGAAGCUGUUAUUGCAGCGACCCCAGAAUCCGUAUGGCGUCACGGUAAGCCCAACUACAACGUCACCAACAAAAGACUAGACGAUCAGCGUCAAAUGAAGUUUGAACCGGGCUCUUUGGAACAAACCGUGUCGAACUUGGUGCGUGUGUUCGAGAUGGAGGCGACUCACAAGGAAAACCCAGCCGACUGGAUCUCUGUGGACCCUGAGGUGUUCCGGAUGACGGUGAACGGCAGUCGUGAGUACACGGUGAAGGACGUUACCACCAAGGGAGGCUACAACGUGUUCAUCGGCGACUUGCCUAACUACAAUGCUUCAGCGAGCAAUUAUGAAAAAUCGGAGGAAGAUUUCCGUAAAGCCAUGCGUUCUGGGUUUUUGUGGGAGCUACUGACGCUUGAGACAGAUUUGCCAAAGGCGACUUUCACCUGGAGACAUUGGGGCAGCCAAAACGGAGUUUUCAAUGGUCACAAGGGCGACGGUUCGCUUAUGGAUGUUCCUGGAACGUCGGUGGCGACAUUGAACUCGGAAUUGAAGCUCAUCAGACUCGAACACACAUUUGAUGCCCAGGGAGUUAUCAACUCUUUGUCUGGAGUGUGUCCUCUUGGCCACAAAUAG